UAUUUACACAUACAUCGGGCGUCCGCCGACAACCCAUAGCAACAACAAAUGGUAGCAGGCAAAUGAGGUGGCGGCUUAGGCCUGUAAUUUGCUUCUUAAAUAAAUUGUAAACCAAGCAAGUACAAUGUGUCGUUGGGGAUGUGCCACUGUUGAUACGACGUUUAAAUGUAAGUGGUGCGGUACACGAUUUUGUCGAGCAUGUUUGCGAGGAGACUUCACCGGCUGUAUGUGGGAGCCAGGUCGCUGCAGGGUUUGCAAUCAGGUGAAAUGUACUGGAGAACGAGUUGAAUAUGUGGAAAGGUCUAAACAGCCCACGAAAACGGACAGCUUGUCUUCAAAGAAACGCGGAAAAUCAUCAAAAUCAACUAGACCUAAAUCAAAUAAAUCAGGAAGAUCAUCGAAGUCAUCAAAGAGCAAAAAAGGCAAAAAGAAGAAAUGAAAUCAUGCCUAUUUAUGUAGUUCUUUAUACUGUAAAUAUUUCAUACUUUUAAAAUUAAAGAUGUGCUUUGUAAUAUCUCCUUGAUUCGUCAUUAUACCAUGUAUAAUUUUCUAUAUUGUACCUGAGCAUCUAAUCUAAAAUUUUAGAUAUCAAUGAAAAGAACCAGGCAGGGGCGUAGACUGGGGUGUGGGGAUGCCGCACCCAUUAAAAAAGGCAAAAAAGUUCCGCUGGUGUAGGCCUAAGCAUGCUUAUGACUAUGAGCAAAAAUUCACUCGUACUAUUAGGCGGAAUGCAUAAGACUUUUUGUGCAAGUGGAUUGCGAUGGUAAAACGGACUCUGGUAUCUACACAGGGGAAAAAUGUGCAGUAAACACUAGAAACGUUAACAAGCUCUUAUUAUUAGCAUGGUCCAUGUUAUUAGGGAGCUUAAUUUCGAUUUGUUUGACAACGCGACGCUAGAAUGUAAUCACUCAUGCGUGACCGACCUGGCGUCCUACGUUCUCUGCAUACGUAGAUUUGGCCAAAUUGCGUUCCCUACUCAACAAGGUGACUUUAACGUUCUCGCAUGCGCAGAUGACUUUUAGUGACUUCAUUACGUUCUACGUCCUACCGUCGUCGUGCAAUCGAAAGCGCCCUAUUAUUCUCAAACUUUGACGAAAACUCGGUUAAUUCAGGGGACAGUUAAAUUAUUGCAUACAAGAUUUAACGGUAUUAUAAAAACUUAUUACAAAAUUGAACAAGCAUUUACAUACAAUAAAAUUUUACAAUAUAUAGACAAUUUUGCAUGGUAUAACCAGAUUUGGCAAACUUGGGCAGUGGGUUACCAACUGGAAAGUGUCGCUAAAGUCUGAGAAAUGCAAAGUACUCUCUUGUACCCUCAAAACUAAACCAAUUAAUUGUAAUUAUAUGAUCUCUAACGAGGCACUUUAAAAUGUUGAAUGGCAUAGAGACUUGGGCAUUUUUAUUGA